ACAAAAGACAAACUGUGGCGUGUUAGCAUUUUGAUAUUUUUCAAUAUAGUGUAUCACUAAGAUUUUUUGGCCCACAAUUUCAAAAUAUUAUUGUAAAAUAAGCAUCUGAACAAUGGCGUGCCAUAUUUACUUUGAAAAUAAUUUCAUCUCUGACUCAGAUUGUUCAAAUACGUCAGAUCUACGAUGCAGGAUUUCACAAGCAUUUGGUAUUCCACAAGAUGACUUAUUUAUAACAGUAAAUGGACGUAUUGUGUCCAAUGAAUUCCAUUUGGGUAAAGAAAACGUUGUCCGGGUGCAUACGAGACUUGUGGGCGGGAAAGGCGGUUUUGGGUCUAUGUUACGUGCGAUUGGGGCGCAGAUUGAGAAAACCACGAAUCGUGAAGCUUGCAGAGAUCUUUCUGGUCGUCGACUACGUGACAUUAACGAAGAAAUCGAGGUGAACCUUAAUGCAGAUUACGAGAAAGGUCGUCAAGAGUUACCUGAGCGGGUUAGUGCUGCGGUUGAUGCGGGUUGGGUGGCAGCAGAAUCAUCUCAAGCUUGUGGAAGUAAGCGUAAAAUUGAAGAUACUACUUCAAAGGGUAAGAAGAAGGCGAAGUUGUGGAUUGACGCUGAGUUGUCAGAUUGCUCGUCAUUAAGUGAAGAUGAUGAAGAGGAGACGAAGAUGAGCCCUGAGCAGACGGUGUCUACUGACAGUGGGAAUGAAUCUGACAGAGCUUCCGAAGCGAGCAGUAAAGUUUAGCAGUGUAAAAAAUUUGGACUCUCAAGCUUUUUUAAACUUUAACCUUCCAAAGUUGUAAUCAAAAUUUGUAUAAUCUUUUAAUUAAACAAACUACUAUAUUUAUAGAAUGUGUAGAGUUGUGAUUCUAUUACUUAUAUGUAAAUUUGUGUUAUGUUAAUGUUUUAAAAUUAAUGCUACUCCUUAUUUAGUUUUUUAUCUGCAUUAUUCUAUUUUAUGUCUUGUAUUUUAAUGGAAACUGUGUCUUAAAUUAUGAUGUAAUUUUUAUGUUAAUUAGAAAUAGGUAUGAUUAGUAAUAAAAUUAAUUUAGGUUUA